AUGAUCAAGGGUGCUUUAGUUUCCAUUAAGGGAAUUAAGAAAAACGAUAUAUACAUUACUACUGGGGAAGUGAUUAGAGAUAUGAAUUCCUCUAUCUCCUCUCUCAAGAUUGAUCACACACACACAUGGCACAAUAGGCUUGCUCACGUAGGAGUCAAGGGACUUAAGCUACUUAAUAAAAAAGGUGCUUUUGGUAAUGAUUGUGUGUCAGAUUUGCCAUUUUGUGAUCAUUGUGUGCUUGGUAAGCAUCACAAAACUUCUUUCUCCACGAGUGUUAAUAGAGCUAAAGGCAUGCUCGAAUAUGUGCACUCUGACCUUUGGGGCCCUGCCAGUAACCCCACAUCAGGUGGUAAUAGGUAUUUCCCGUCUAUUAUUGAUGACUACACUAGGAAAGUUACGGUUCCCACAAUAUUCCAUCAUACCAUCAUUCUCCCUUUCAGAGGGCUUGCCGUCUUCAAAAUUGAUUCCUCCAUCGCCGGCGAACGUUAUGUGUACUUCUCAAGGUCAAGUAAUGCCGCGCUACUUUUCAAGUGUACCAGAACACGGUGGCUUGGGGAGCCUCAUGGAGUAGUCAGUUUUUGGGGUGUUUUGAUAGUCAAAUAAGAAAGGUAGAAGUAAGGCAAGUCUAGAUUGAAAAAGUGUGCAAAAUAUGAGAGAGCAGUAAUUCUUGAUCAUCUGCAGAAGGUUGGCAACUUUGAUCCAGUUCGCCCAGAACCCUUGUAUUCAUCACAGUUGGUGCCCAAUUUAGCCAUAAAAGAAGCUGUGUGUUUCUGGAGACACAUGGGUGGGCUUACAAGACAGAAUGAUGGUCUUACCGUUUGUCAGUUGUAUGGCUUAGGUAAAGAUAUGACUCAUCUUUUCUCUUCAGUUUGGGUCAAACUGGUUCAGACAUUCAGCAUUGUUGGUUAUCCUAUUAUAUCGAGUGUAAUUGUUGAUCCCUCUUUACUCUCAAUAUGAUAAGUGUGAAGUCAAAUUGGUCAUCUUGGAAAUGUACAGCAUCUAUUUCUGUAGCAUUUACAUGGUCCUAGAACUCUAUCCUUAGAUGAAAAAAAAGUUUACUUUAUGUCUGAUCAUGCAUUCCUUGGCUUUAAUUUUUCUCUUGAAUUUUCUUCUUGCUUGAUUCGUGCUCUCUAUGAGUAAUGCCUGGUACCUAAAGUGAAAGAAAUUGGUGAAAGAAAUUGGCAUCGCUUGCAUAUCAAAAUUUAUUUGGCUGGAAUGAUGAUUUGUUAGUUUUUAAGUUAUGUAAUUAA